AUCGGAAAGAUAAUUUGUUGGGAUUAUACAAACAUAUAUUCUCAGAUAAAAAAAUUAAGGUUUAUACAUAUAUAUUCCUAUAACAUUAUCGAUCAAAGUAAUUUGAACAGUUGUAAUCCAUUGGAUCCUUUAUAUAUAUGAAGAUGUCAAAGAUUGGGGGCAGAAGCAAAGGCGGCAGCAAUCGUUCAUCACUGCAAUGGUUUUUCAGAAAUACUAUCGUUCUUCAGUUCCUCUUCCUAAUCGUUGUUUAUUCGGCUGAUAAUGCAUCCACAGAAAUUAGGUUAAAUUCGACAAAUACUGCUGGGCAGAAAGUUUCACAGCCUCUGAGAUUGGAUGUCACGAAAAAACAUGUGGUAAUGGAAAACGGUCACAUAAAAGUAACGUUCACUAAUCCAACCGGAUCCAUUGCAGCAAUUGAACACAAUGGAGUUGAUAACGUAUUGGAACAUUCCAGAAAGGAAACCGAUAGAGCGGAAUGGGAUAUUGUUUGGAGUACACCCAAAAGGCCUAACAAGUUUGAUAUUCUUUUUGCAACAAAUUUCACAGUGAUAGUCCACGAUGAAAAGCAGAUCGAGCUUUCUUUUACAAAAUCUUUUGAAUCCCAUGAUGAUGCAAGUGCUCCCCUCAUUGUUGACAAAAGAUAUGUGCUCCAGCCUGGACGUUCAGGAUUUUACACAUACGCAAUAUUUUAUCACCCUCAAGGAUGGCCAGAUGUGGACAUUGGUGAAGCAAGGAUUGCCUUGAACCUAAGAAAAAGCAUGUUUAGUUAUAUGGCUAUAUCAGAUGACCUGCAAAGAGUGAUGCCAACCGCAAAUGAUCGGAAUUCUGGUGAGCAACUAGCCUUCAGAGAAGCUGCUUUACUAACUCAUCCAUCCAAUAGUAGUUUGAGAGGGGAGGUGGAUGAUAAGUAUCAAUAUUCUUUAGAAAAUAAAGACAUUAAAGUACAUGGGUGGAUUUGUCCAACGCCCCAUAUUGGAUUUUGGAUCAUCACAGGUAGUAGUGAAUUCCUUUCAGGUGGCCCAAUAAAACAAGAUCUUACGUCUCAUGUUGGUCCAACUUCUUUAAUGGUAUUCUUUAGCGAUCAUUAUACAGGCGAAGGGUUUACACUAAGCUUGCGAAAUGGGGAGAGUUGGACAAAGGUUUUUGGUCCCAUUUUUAUAUACCUCAAUUCAGACUCAAACAAAAACCCAUCAACCCUUUGGAGAGACGCUCAAAAUAUGGCUACCCAAGAAAAUAGAAAUUGGCCCUAUGAUUUUCCGAAAUCACACCACUACCCUGAUAGAGGUUUUCGGGGUACACUUAAAGGCCGACUACGAGUUCGUGAUAGGUUUUUAAGGUCGGGCCUUAUAGAGGCAGAAUCAGCACACAUUGGGUUGGCCCCUCCGGGAGAUGCUGGAUCAUGGCAACGAGAUGUCAAGAGUUCAAAUCAGGCUAAUGGAAGAAUGUCAAUUGAGGGCGAAGAGAGAAAUGAUCUGGUGUUUGAGUCGGGUGCCCUAGAGGAGUCAAAAAAGUGCAAGGCGGUGGUGCUCCUGGAACAACACCACCUAAAAUACUAAUAGACGAGAUGAUUCCUUUGGAGGUGACUGGUCAAACCUCUUAUCCUUUCCCGGUGGCUUGUAAAAUCGGGAUGCUUCCUUUGAAGGUGGAUGGACAAACCACUUCUCCCUUCCUGGUGGCUGACGGGCCUAGGGUUCAGCGCUACUACGAACAGUUUGCGUAGAAGAGGAGAAGAGUGGCGUGGAUCGAUCGGCGGGCGUUUGAGGAAGGUACUGCAACAGGCUUGGGAUGAGGAAGGAGAAGCGGUUUUGGCUCGUCAGUGCAGCGGACUGUUGAGGCAAAGAGCAAACUUCAUUGGUGCGGGUAUUUUCCUAUUCUAACAGUCCAGAAGGUUGGAGAUGGAGGCGAUUCAGGAACAUUUCGAGGUGGAGCAGUUAGCCAAGGCAUAUAUGGCAACAUGGAAAUGGACGAUGAAGACGAAGCUGUUUUGGUGGAGGCCACGACUUCGGGUGUGGUGGAUGGAAGCCUCGCACUCGUUGGGACCAUCACUUCGGAGACCGAUUAAAGGGAUAUCAAUUUUGGACAGAGACGAACGAUAAGGGAGAGUUCAAAAUCAACGCAGUUAGACCUGGAGUCUACAACUUGUAUGCUUGGGUCCCUACAAUCCUUGGAGACUAUAAAUACAACAAUCGAAUUGUCAUCAUGCCAGGAGACAAGAUUGAUCUAAAGGAUCUUGUUUUUGAUCCUCCAAGGAACGGUCCAACCUUAUGGGAAAUCGGAAUUCCUGACCGCAAGGCAUCCGAGUUUUUCAUCCCCGAUCCCAAUCCUGACCUCGUCAACACAUUAUUCCUCAACCACAAAAACGAAAAGUUUAGGCAAUAUGGGUUAUGGGAUCGUUAUACAGAUUAUUAUCCUGAGAAGGAUUUGGUGUACACAGUUGGCCAAAGUGAUUACCGAAAAGAUUGGUUCUUCGCACAUGUGAAUAGAGUUGGAAAGAACAAAGCAUAUGAAUCCACCACAUGGAGAAUUGUAUUUAGGUUGAAUGAUGUUAGCGAAAGGGGGACUUAUACACUUCGGAUUGCGUUAGCUUCUUCUUCUUAUGCCAAUAUUUUAGUCUGGAUUAAUAAACAACAUGGACGGCCCAACUUCAUAAUCAAUGGGCUGUGGAAAGAUAACGCAAUUGCGAGGCACGGGAUUCACGGGCAGUAUUCGGAUCACACAUAUAAUAUUUCUGGAGACCAACUUGUGAAGGGAGAAAACGUAUUAUACAUAGAGCAAUCCAGAGGUGGAAGCCCAUUUAUUGGAGUGAUGUAUGACUAUAUUCGUUUGGAAGGUCCACCGCCUCAAACUACACAUUAAUCACGGCCACGAUUAUGUGUUUCCUAUUCAAAUAAUGAUAUCAUAUUAAAAUUACUGUUUGAAAUAUGAAUACUUCAAUUCCUGUGUUCCCAAAUAACUUUCCCACAUCCUUUUGCAGUUCUAAAUUGAUUGUCUUGUUUCGACUUUUACAAGUUGUAGUACCCUAGUUGUACUCUCUACUUCAAGGCCUUGGAGUGUAAAGUGUGCAAUACCUCUAG